CGACGGCGACCAGCAUUAUGGCAGGAGGAAACCGGGCAGAUCGAGCUGGGAGGACACCUAUGCGACCAUCCGCAGGCUGCUGCAGACCUUCCCACGUACAGGACGUGUUAGGAAGUGAACAUGAACUGGACUUGAACUCAUAGCGACUGCAUGAGAUAGGCUUCUGGGUCAUUUUCCUGCGCUAGCGCGCUAACCACUUUCGUAGCCUGCAUGUGUUAAUACCUGGCUGUUCGGACCAUGGAACGUGAUCUUUCAUGAAAUUUCAUAUACACUACUACCUUUAUUGCUGGUCCCGAUUGUAUUAUAUACAGAAAGGGACAAUAGGUCUAUUAGCCUACCGGUAUGCAAAACGAUAUAGGGCCUAGUCACAUUUUACAUGUACGGAGAACCACUGAUGUCAAAUGUCAAAAAAUCACUUGCUCAAAAAAAAGUGCCACUGCAUAAGCCUACAUACUGUGGAAAAACAAAUUUUGUAAAACAGAUACACAGUCGAAGGUUCAUUUGUUCUGAAGGUCAUGAGUUGUUGCUUGACCUGGUAAUCCCUCUUCCUCGGUAACUUACGUUUAAAAGAUUUGGUACCUUACGACAAACUCCACGCGGGAAAUAAUUCAACCGCUACCGUGGUGAGUUAUUUGGUCCGCGGAGGAAAACCAAUCUAUGUGCGGUCCCAAUCACAAAAAUAUCAGCAUGAUACAUAUGCGACUGAGCAAGUAAUUUGAGCCCUGACUUAUCUUAACGUAUAGGCUACGGAAACAGAUUUUCCAAUGUACAGUGUACUCCGAGAGGUGGUUCAUGGGAUUGUUUUAAAUCGCGCAGGAAAUUACGUGAAAAAAUCUAAAACACCUACUAAGAAAAACCUCGUCUGUAAACUAUGAGGAGGGUUGUUGCGACCCCAGCUUUCGUGGCCUAUAACUCAGUCCUUUCAUCGCUUGGAAUCCAGCUGGUUCAGUAAAGUUGCACAAAGGAUUACAAAGGCAUAAGUAAGUUCUGCCUUCUCAGAAGAUGAAGAGUAACGAGGAAACACAGAUGACAGAAAACGCAUUCUCGCAAAACGGCCACGGAGAGGGGGAUUCAUGCAACAAGCAGAAGACCGGAAGACCCCCAGGAAGUGAUAAGGCACGCGCAAAGAGCCAGUCACGUGACGGAGGCUGGGGAUGGUUCUGCGUUUUGGGAUCCUUCCUCAACCACUUAAUUAUUGGUGGAAUAGAACGCUCAGGUGGGUUAUUGUAUCUGGAAUUAAAGGAGCGGUUUGAGGGUCACACGGCAUCGGAAAUCUCAUGGAUCUUCUCGCUGAAUACCGCGUUACGACAGUCUUUAGGUCCAGUUGUUGGCAUUUUGUGCAACAGGUUCAGUUGCCGAACUGUGGUCAUCACCGGCGGCAUUCUUUCCUCUUUCGGACUGGCUCUCAGUGCUUUUCCACCGGUUCUACCCUAUAUGUAUUUUAGUUUUGGGACGAUGACUGGCGUUGGGUUUGCUUUAGCAUAUGCACCUAGCGUGGUUAUAGUGGGAUUGUACUUUAUCAAGUACCGUGGGAAGGCAGUAGGGCUAGCCGUUGCUGGAGUGGGGGUCGGGGCCUUCGCAAUCCCGCCUCUCACGGAGGCCCUUCUCUCCUUCUAUGGCUAUUUUGGCGCGCUUUUAAUUUUGGCGGCAAUUAGUCUUAAUCUGUCUGUUGGUGGCGCCCUUUUUCGGCCAGUGAAGGAAACAUCCCAUGAGGAAGAUAUAUGUAAUCCUAACUGCACGGAAACCACAUCCAUGCUUGACGAAAACGGGAAAAUCAAACUGAGUGAUCCAGACGUUGCCGUGGAAACCAGAGCCAAGCCAGCCGAGGACGGCCAGAGAUUCCAUGAUGACAUAGCCAGUGCUCAUGAGAAUCAUGUGACACGCCCACAUGACAACGUCGAGGCGCGGUCAUGUCUGAGAAGUUUCGUGAAGAAAUACUUAGACGUGACGUUGUUGUUGGAUAUUCCUUUCCUGUCUUUUUGCGUCGCAAUGUUCUUAUUCUCUCUCGCCUUCCAAGCUAGUCUGGUGUUUCUCCCGGCCUUGUCAAAAGAUCGUGGGAUACCUAAAGAGCAGUCGGCUAUACUUCUGUCAGUAAUGGGUGGUGUGGAAGCAGUAAGUCGUGUUUUGGCCGGGGUUUUAUUUGACAGACCGAAGGUUGUCCCAAUACGCCUGUUCAUAUACAACUUAAAUGUGGCUAUCAUCGCUCUUGUCAUGUUUCUAUGCACAGUUGUUCGGACGUUUCCGGCAUUCCUCGCCAUCGGCGCGUGCUACGGGCUCGUGACAGGAAUGUAUAUUUCCCAGAAGUCUGUAGUGAUUGUGGAUCUUGUGGGACAGGAGGUUCUCAAAAGUUCAUUCGGCCUCCUAAUUUGGUUCCAAGGGAUGGGAAGUCUGAUUGGCCCUCCUAUAGCAGGGGCUCUGCGGGACAGGUACAAGCGUUAUGAUGAGUCGUUUUACUUCGGAGCCACCGCCACUCUCAUUGGGGCCAGUGUUAUGGUGUUUGGAAACAUACUAGCCUGGAGAAGAAAGCCAAAAUCGACGGAUGUUUCAGUACUUGAUGAGUUAUUCGAUAAGGCAGAGCAGGAAUGGGACCGUCAAAACCUCUGCCAAGAUGAUCCGCCAUUGUCCAAUCUCCCAAGCGGUCCAGCGUACACGGAGCCCUGUAGCAAUGAUCCUCCAAAUGUCUCACUAGAAGAAGAUGAAAGAGGAUUGAAGCCGCCUGACGGGGGAUGGGGAUGGGUGAUUGUGUUUGCUAGUGCUCUGUCCCACAUCAUUAUAGGUGGCGUUGAACGAUCGGGAGGGGUCCUGUACCUGCAGCUAAUAAAGAAGUUCAACAGAUCCGCCAGUCUGACAUCCUGGGCAAUGUCUUUGAGUGGAGGCUUCCGGCUUCUCUCCGGUCCUCUAGCCAGCGCCCUGACCAACAGGUUUGGGUUUCGUGGCGUCGUAUUUGUAGGGGGCGUGGCCGCUGCUGUGGCUUGUAUCCUCAGCGCUUUCGCACCUCAACUAGUCUACGUUCAUCUCUCCUUCGGAUUACUUGGGGGGAUCGGCCGUGGGCUGUCUUACACCCCCAGUGUUGUAAUAGUAGGGAUGUAUUUUGACAAGAGGCGUGGGAUGGCGGUGGGGCUGGCAACGGCGGGAGUGGGGCUGGGGACGUUCUUUCUCCCUCCCCUCCUAGAGAUCCUCUUUGAGGAGUUCGGGUACACGGGCGCUUUUCUGAUCUUGGGAGGAUAUACUCUACAUAUAUGUAUCUGCGCUGUCCUGUAUAGGCCACUGUCGUCCAAGAAACGCAUUCCAAGAUCCAAAAUAGCAAAAACACAAGAAAACUCCGCUAAGCCAAUAAUUAAGUUUUUGGGUGAGAAAAAAGACAAGAAGAUCCUGAAACAUUCCGAUGAAGUCGACGACGGAAUCAAUACCAAAACCGCACCACUAUUAUAUAUCGAAUCUGGACAAAACGGCAAUACCACAAAAACGUUUGAACGACGAAAGUCGUUGGCUGAGAAAACCAAAAAACUGUUGCAACUGGAGCUUUUGCGGGACCCAUUUUUCUUGUCGUUCUGCGUGACAAUUGGUCUGUUCACAAUGGCGAUUCAGAUAGUUUUGGCUUUCUUGCCGGCCCUAGGGGAAUCGAAAGGUCUGACCCCCACCCAGUCGGCGCUGCUAGUGUCCAUCAUGGGUAUCACUGACAUUGUGGCGAGGAUCUUCAGUGGGGUCGUGUUUGACAUGCGCAAAGUCCGGCCUCACCGACGCUACAUCUACAACGCCUGCCUCAUACUGAUAUCUGUGACGGCGCUGUUGACCCCGUUAGCUUGGGAUUUCCGCAGCUUUGCCACGGUCUCGGUGAUUUACGGCGUUUUGGCAGGGCUGUACAUAGCGCAGAAGUCGGUGAUCAUUGUGGACAUUGUAGGGAAAGACAAACUCGUCGCUUCAUUCGGUCUGGUCGUCUUGUUCCAGGGAAUCGGAACGUUCAUCGGUCCUCCCAUCGCAGGUAUUUUCCGCGAUACUUUCAACAAUUACGACUUGGCGUUCCAAUUUGGAGGCGGUAUGACGUCUUUUGCCAGCGUCAUACUGCUCGUCAGCAAUGUUUGUUUCUUUUGCCGAACUCGGAGAAAAGACCGAGCCAAAUUUCUUGCUGUUGAAGACACAGAAAGCUAGUGAUCUUCUCUUUUGCCGAACUCGAAGAGAAUAUGACAUGUCCACUCUGAUAACAGGAUUCCGGCAUGUAACUCCUUCCUGUAGAGGAACUGAUAUGUCUGUCUUGACUCAGUGAAUAAUUGUCAUCCUCUUCAGUAUGACAAACGACUUCCAGCAUUGACAGUAAAUCCAGAGCAGCGACGAUAGUGUGAUAAUUGGCAAAUGUUCUCACAUAACCGGUGAAAAUCGGCUUCUUGUAAAUUUAUCACAGUUAGGGUUUUAUUCUAACUGUUAUUAUAACUGCUCUUACAUGUAAAUCAUAUAACCGAGUACACGCUAUGCAAUGAUAUGGCACCGAAAUCAAAUACGAGCAAAUACGUCGAUUUUUUUU